AAGAAUAAGUGUGAGAAGGAGAUAUCGCUGUACAGAGAUAUUUGUGGCGCCUGCAUUGGUGGAAGCGAGGAGAGUCGACGUGAGGCGUUGGAGCAAAUUGUCAAAUCGGCGAAAAGCAAACAUCAAAAUAAGCAGCUGCUGGCUUUCAUUUCGGAGAGCGUUCGUUUGAAUGUACUCCAGGCCCGUAUGGGUAACCUCUUAAAUCUAAUGAGAAUCGUGAAGACCCUUGUAAACUCUACAAGCAUUCCACCCGAUUAUCAUCUCUUCGACAUUAUUUUGUCCUGUAUCACCUGCUGCGUAGGUGAAUAUGCCUUCAAAGACACAUCCAAUGAAGAUUUACAUUGGCAGGUGCGAGAGUUUUCGUCAAUGCAACUUUUCAAUAUUUGUGAAAAGUAUGAACCGCACUGUAAAUAUCUCACGGAUUUCAUUUUGGAUGAAAUCGACCAAACAUUUAAAUCCUGGCUCGACUGUCCUGUGGGGCAGACAUCAAUUUCACGCCUUGCAGGAAUUUACGGAAUUCUGUUCUGCUUUAAGAAGUUUGGUUUUAAAAGGCUUCAUCAAUUCGUGUUUCCCAGAAUGCCAAAGUUGUGCGAGCAUUUGAAUGCAAAUUUGGAAGGAAGAUAUAUAAUUACAUUUAAGAGAUGUGACACUUUAGCGGUUUUAAAUGAAAUCAAACUUAAAGCCGUAUUUAAUAAAGUUUUAGGCUAUAUGAUGAGAGCACUGGCAGUCCCCUUAAUGGAGUAUCGGUAUAUGAGACUUUUGCCGGUAAGUAAGGGAGCCUUCAAUGUGGACUACGGUAGAAUGGGAAACUUUCUAUACAUGAAUAAUGACGAAUAUGAAGACAAACAAAAAAGAGAGUUAAAAUAUGAAAAAGGAAUAAAAAAACUCGAAUUACAGGACAGUUAUUAA